UAAAACGGGCCGUUAGGGUUAGGGCAGGCUGUGCAUUCGGAGGCCUUCUCUGAAGCGAGGCUUGGUAAGAGUGGGUUUGCUGGGGACUGAGGGGCGGCCUAGCCUCCAGGGCCCACCCGGGCCGAGAGUGCCGAGGCCUAGUCGGGCCUCGAGCGCGGGCGGCUCCUCCCUCCGCCUCCCUCCCACGCCUUUAUUACGCGAGGCCCCGGCCGCCUCUUCUCCGCCUAGGCCCCGCCUCGCUGGAGGGGCGGAGAAGGCGAGGAACGAGGCAGGCAGGCAGUCAGGCAGUCAGUCUUGGCGCGGCCUGCAUUGGGACUCGGAGCGGCCUUCUCUUCCUUCCAUUGCCAGGGAGGGAGGAAGAAGGAGGCGGCGGCGGCCAGGCGCUCUCCCGGCCCGGCUCCGCGUUUGAUGGAUCCCCGAAUCGCCUGGUUCCAGCCAGAGCAGCUCGGCCCCUCCAACCGCCUGUGGAUGCAGAUCUGGGAGACCACGCAAGGGGUGCGCAACCUCUACUUCCAGCAGCAGCAAGAGCAGCCUCCGUCCUCGCCUCAGCCCCCUUCUUCCGUCGUCGGCAUGAACUUCUUGCCGCUGGAGAACAACAACAACCACCACUACAAAAUAGGCCCCGCUUCAGCCUCGGCCUCGAUUGCGGCGCCUUCCCCGGCCGCGGCGACGGCAGCGGCAACGUCGUCGUCGUCCUCCGCGGCGGCCAGCAACAAGAGGAAGCGCGUCAACAAGGCCAGCACCUUCGGGCUCAAUUUCGCGCUUCUCCUCGGAGGGGAGAGCGGAGGAGGGGGCCCCAAGGCGCCCGGGGACGGGCCCCGAGAAGAGGAGCCUCCCGCCGCCGUGGGCUACACCGGCACGCCCUGGAAGAAGGACGAGGCCAAGGGCGGCUACGCGCCCGGCGUGGUCGGUCUCCAUGAAGAGAUCAAUGACUUCUACAAGUAUAUGUCUCCCAGACCCGAAGAACAGCGGAUGCGAAUGGAGGUGGUGAAUAGGAUAGAAAAUGUUAUAAAGGAACUCUGGCCUAAUGCAGACGUGCAAAUAUUUGGAAGUUUUAAGACUGGUUUAUAUUUACCUACUAGUGAUAUUGACUUAGUUGUGUUUGGAAAAUGGGAGACAUUGCCUUUAUGGACUCUAGAAGAAGCUCUCCGAAAGCACAACGUAGCAGAUAAAGGUUCGGUAAAGGUCCUAGACAAAGCGACUGUUCCUAUAAUUAAGCUCACUGAUUCCUUUACUGAAGUCAAAGUUGAUAUCAGCUUCAAUGUACAGAAUGGUGUAAAAGCUGCUGAUCUCAUCAAAGAUUUUAUUAAGAAAUAUCCUGUAUUGCCAUAUCUAGUUUUAGUACUGAAACAGUUCUUAUUACAGAGGGACCUCAAUGAAGUAUUCACAGGUGGAAUUGGAUCUUAUAGUCUUUUUUUAAUGGCUGUCAGCUUCCUCCAGCUACAUCCCAGAGAAGACGCUUGCAACCCCAAUGCCAACUAUGGUGUCCUUUUAAUAGAAUUUUUUGAGUUGUACGGACGUCAUUUCAACUAUUUGAAAACAGGAAUCCGAAUAAAGGACGGGGGGUCCUAUGUGGCCAAAGAUGAAGUGCAGAAAAACAUGUUGGAUGGUUAUAGGCCAUCUAUGCUGUAUAUUGAAGACCCACUGCAACCAGGUAAUGAUGUCGGGAGGAGUUCUUACGGUGCCAUGCAAGUCAAACAGGCCUUUGAUUAUGCAUAUGUUGUUCUGAGCCAUGCAGUAUCACCAAUAGCGAAAUAUUACCCCAACAACGAAAGUGAAAGUAUAUUGGGAAGAAUAAUCCGAGUAACGCAAGAAGUGGCAACAUACCGAGACUGGAUAUCAAAGCAGUGGGGAAGUCAAAGUAGCACAGAAACUUCAUGCAAUGGCAAUGGUGUGACAAUAGAUAACCAGCAGCUGGACAAAUGCAACAAUAAUCUCUCUGAAGAGUGUGAAUCACUAGGGAAGCCUAGGAGUAAAACUUCAGAGACGCUGAGCAAGCACUCGUCGAAUUCUUCAUCAGGCCCUUUAUCAUCAUCUUCUUCCACGCUUUCCAGCUCUAGUGAUGUAGAGUCUGAUGGAACACCCUGCAAAACGUCUAAACAGCUGGGCUGCCGCCAAACUACAGCAAACAGAACUCAGGACAUAUCACUGGGAUCAACCCAGAUGAGUGGGAAAAUACCAAGCAGCCAGGCAAUAAAUACGUCUAGUGUUGGAAACAAAUCCCAGCACGGAUCGACGAGGUUACUCCGCACUUCUUCCAACAAAGGGUUCCAAGGUCCAGGGAAUUCAAGCCAUGGCACUUCGGUGACGAACAAACCGCACCAAGGCAGCAAAUCCCACCAGUUUUACCAUAACAAAAAGAGGAAACACAAGAGGGACGCUGCCCUUUCAGACCUUUAUAGAUAGUUUUCCUAUCGGAAGGAAUACGUGACUGUACUUCUGUGUGCAAUGAUCUCAAUGCUACAAAGGAUAAGUUGGACACUGACUCCCCAGGCCUCAUCCGGAGUCUCAAGACUGUUGAAAACGUUGAUUAGCAACACAUUUUAGUUUAUUUUUAUUUUUUUCCAGCUCGCCACGGAAAAGAUCAUGAAGAGACUGACAACUGCAAAAAAAGGAAAAAAAACACAAAAAACCAAAUUAAAAAUUAAAAAAUGUUUGGGGAUGGUGGGUGGGGAGGACGAGCCUGCUCAUCUGAUAAAGUCAUAUACGACAACAGGGUUGUUAAAGGUAUAUUUAAAAAAAGCUUGAAUGUAAAAUAAAUAUCUCCUAUCAGCUUCCAUGCUGAAACCGUAGGGAUAGGACUCAGUGUGUUUAAGGGGUUGGUAAUGAACUAAAAAUAAAGGAGAGGGGGGCAAAAAAAAAAAAGCAGGGUGGGGAGGGUAGCAUUUUGAGGGGAACCCAAAUCUCAAAGCGGAAAGACAGAAAAUGCGCGCAUGAUAAAUUUUUAAAUUAUUUUUGCAUAUAUUUACCAUUUUAUCGUGUAUUCGAUAGGCGACCAUACAUAUUAGGAGAACUGACAUUUGUAAUAGUGGAUUUGUUAAUACUUUUUACAUGACAUGACUGUUGAAAUGGUAGAAGACACCUUUUCCUCCCACCCACUCACCCCUCUAUUUUCCUCUUUCGGGAUUUGUUAUUUAUUUAUUUUUUUAAUUUGUCGGGUGAAAAUACAUCAGACAAACAUAAUAGGCUAGGAUUUGUGGUGGGGUUUUUUUUUCUCCCCUUCUCCUUUUAGCCUUGAGAAAUAAUUAUUGAAUAGCACAUCUCUGCGUCUGCACAAGUUGUUCCUUCGAACGAGGGAGAGAGAAAAAAACAUAGGAAAGGAAGAUAGGGGCAAAGUCUUGUUAUGCAUCCUGUGUCAAUUCUUUCUCUUUGGAGUAAAAGAAAAACCAAUGAAUUCUUCCACUUGUUUCUAAAGUGCCAUCAUGGGGUAUUCGAGCGUACGGUUUCCUCCGAAAUCGUAACACACUUCGCUGUGUUUUAAGGGGGGAAAUAACCGACGUUGGGUUAUGUUUGAAUUUUGGGAUUUUCUUUCAACCAUCUUUUCUGAAAUUCAUAUAUUAUGCAUUGGAUAGGAAAUCCUAUUGUCCUUAGUGCUAACGGGGAAGCGCUCUCAAUCCUAUGCCUUUUUUUGUAUGUGUGCCUUCAUCCCUAUGUCUUAGUUUUUUUGUCUUUUCCUCUGGUUACAACUUUCUUUUUUCCUUAAAGGAGAAAUAGACGGUUGACGACUUUUGUGCGAUUUCGUUCCCUUUUUUGAGAUCUGUUUCCCCCCCCCCCCCCUAAAGCCCGCCCUUGAAAGACGAGACUUCUUCAAAUAACGGAAAUAAAUUUGUAUUUAUAAGGAAGUGAAUUUUUUUUCAUAUUCACCUCUUUCUCCCUUGAAUCCUCACCCCGAGAACAAAAAACAAAACGACGAGUUCGAACAUUUCCUAGCACCGCCAACGCUUUUUUGCGACCGAAGCAAACGGCUCUGGCUACGAAUGCAAAAACGGAAUGUGUAGAAGUUUGUAGUCACUUGCAUUGUUUGCAAAUAUAUAUAGAUAUAGAUAUAUAAAUAUAUAUUUGGAGCACUUUAACGGAUAGAAUGUAAAGUGACAUUACUGUAAGCUUUUUCUUUGAAGCGGAAAGUGCGUGAUUGCGUGUCUUCGUACGUACGAAUGAAUGUGUUUCGGGGGAAGAACGACGCCGACGAUAAUUGCUUCGAGGAGCAAUGAUCGCUUUUAGACGUUUCUUUUCUUUUUUUUAAUCGCAGACCAACUUGACCUUUCGUGUGUGUUGAUCGAGUGUGGAAGUUUUUAAAGUAAAAAAAUAAAAAAACAAUAAUGCAACACGACCAAAAACUGUCAUUAAUGGAAACUUAAUAAAACACUCUCUAGAUACGAAAGCAUUUUGAGAAAAAGGGAGGAAAAAGAAUCAAUCUUCGCCACCAUAAAUUCUUAAGAACACUAAACAUAAGGGGGGGAAAAAGGAAUGUUAACUUGACGAUGUUUUGUUCAAUUUUGUUUUUCCGUUAACUCGGCUGUCAUAUUAUGCAAUAUCAAAAUAUUUAUUUGGAGUUAAAAUACAUUUGUGUUUUUUUAUAACUGUGUAGGACUACCUUCACUGCUUUGGGAACAAAUUCUAAAUUAUCUUAAUCCAGUAUUACUAGCUGCUGUUCUUGAAUGCUGUUACAAAUGUGUAAUACACCAAUCUGUAUUACUUAUCCACACUGAAGGCUUUUUAUUGUUAUUAUUAUUAUUUAAUCAUUUGAUUAUUUUUUUAUUUUCGGGAAAAAAAUCACCCUCUUUGUUGGAAACGAAUGUUCUGUCUGGAUGCAGAGAUUGGUGUUCCAAUAAGUAUCUGAUUAUUUUAAUGUGGUGGUAGCGGGAAGAUAAUCUUGAUUCCAUUGGGAAUCUUAGGUUUGCCUCAAUUUAUGGUUUUCAUAAAUUUUAAUGGAAAAAUAGCUUUUCCUGGACUGCUCGAGUUUCAUUUUGUAAACAGUAUCUUUCUAACAGGAGAAGACGAGGACAAAGCAUGAAGGAAAAACUGAGGUAUUUACUUCACCUCAAAUAACCAGCAUUGUAUUCAUGAAACACUGUAUAUCUAGCAAAAACCUUUAUUUAAGCGGAACAGUUGAACUGUUCUUUUUUUUUUUUCAAUCUGAAGUUUAAAAAAAAUUACUUUCAAAACCUUUUAAGUUUUGCCUGCUCAUUUAUCUUGUACAUUUCAUCUCUGUAUUCAACCUAAGUCAAAUUCUUUUUUUUUUGAGUUUCAAUACUUUUUUGUGAAAAUUUUUGUGAAAUAUAUAUAUAAAAAAAUAAAUGUUUCCAUACAA